ACUGCGCGUGCGCGGCGCGGGAUGGCGGCGGCGGCGGCGGCAGCGGAGACGGCGGCGGUGGCGGCGGAGGACGGCGGCGGUGCGGCGCCGUGUGCGGGAGCGGCCCGCGCCGCUCGGCUGCCGUUGUCCCGCGUGAAGGCGUUGGUGAAGGCGGACCCGGACGUCAGCCUGGCCAGCCAGGAGGCCGUGUUCGUGCUGGCGCGGGCCGCGGAGCUGUUCGUGGAGACCAUCGCUAAGGACGCGUUUGUGUACGCCCAGCAGGGCAAGAGGAAAACCCUGCAGAGGAAGGAUCUGGAUAACGCCAUUGAAGCUGUCGAUGAGUUCGCCUUUUUGGAAGGUACUUUGGACUGAGUUGGGCAGGGAUGGAGUUCCCUGCAGAAGGAGCCUGAAGGCACCGGCGUGGGGUGGCAGAAGGGAUGCCAGGGGUUGGAUGUGGUUCCUGGGGCUGAGACUCUGAGAUGGGCAGCCGUAGUACUUUGUGUAACGUUUAAGGCAUUGUGAGUCCUGCAUUUCAAGCGCGUGGUUUGUUUCUCUGUAAGUCUUCUGUAUGACUUUGAAGGUCGGGUUCUGCUCCUGCACUGCAGGCUGCACCCCAACCCUCCCCCUCCGGGCACUGUGGGGCAGAGAGCUCAGAUCCCGGGGCAGAAACCUGAUGGUUUAUACACAGCUGCUGCUUCAUUCUUUAAAUGGAAAUGUGUUUUUCCUCUGUAUGUGUUUUGUUGGGCUCCUUUUGGCCGAUGCUGUUAAAGGCGGUGGUGCACCGAGUGGCUGUGCUGAUGGUUCCCACGGCACCGCUGUGGUUGGGACGGGAUGCUCUCCCGUGGCGUUUUGCUUUACUCAGCAUUUCCCCGAAGGUUUCAGUCUCGGGAAUCCCAGCUCUCCUCCCGGCCACUGCAUCUGAGCUGCAGGGAGGCUCGGAUUGCUUUCAGGGCUGCUCGGCUUCCAUGAAGUGAUGCGACGGCUGCGGGCGGUCCCAGGGAGAGAAGAAUAAAUCCCCGCUUCUGGAGGCGA